UCUAAUUCAUCUCCAUCGACUUAAUUCGGGUUAUGGAGUCGGGCCAGAUAUUGUAGUUAUCUUAUUCAUCGGAUACGAAUCUCCCUCUCUUUUAUCUCUUUCUCGUAUCAAAAGCAAUAAUGGCAGCGUCCGCCGUCCUAUUCAUCGUCGGCGGUGGUGCGGGUACUGGUUUCUCCGGUGAAUUUGAGCGACGGGGUCGUUUUGAACCUGGUUCCAUCCGAAGAAACAGAAAACAAACUGGGUGUUUGUGGGUUAAUGCUCAUCGUGAGUUACGUCACUAUAAUCGGUUGUGCCAAAUACCCAGAACCAGAAAGUUGAAAUUAAAGCCGAGUUUUGCUCUUCGCAAAGAUUCUGAUGAUAGCUUCCUUUCGGAUGUAAGAGAUACUGAUGAAAUGUUUGAUGACUUAUUUAAUAAAUACGGGAAAGUGGUAUAUAGGAGAAAUGACCAAAAGCCACCUAUUGCUGAGGUUGAUGAUGAUGCCGAGAGCUUGUCAUUUGCUGUGGAUAUGGCCAAGGUUGCGAGUGAUGUUAAGGCUGCAGAUUUAAGGGUCCUUUUUGUAAAGCCUCUUGUGUAUUGGACUCGGUUUUUUAUCAUUGCAACAGCGUUUUCACGCCCUCAGAUUGAUGCUAUGGCGUCGAAAAUAAGGGAUCUUGCUGAGAAGAAGUACGGAAAAUUUCCGUCAGGGGACACAAAACCUAAAUCUUGGACCCUGCUGGAUUUUGGUGAUGUAGUGAUCCACAUAUUUCUUCCUGAGCAGAGAGCUUUCUACAACUUGGAAGAAUUUUAUGGCAAUGCAACGCCCAUCGAACUCUCUUUUGAGAACCAACCUCCAUUUCGCAGUUAAGAAUUUAUUUCAACAACCUAAAAGCUUUUGUUGAUGGCCAUAUGGCACCAGAUUGAUUUCAACUACGCCAAAUUGAAUUUGUUUGCUAAACGCUAUGCAUUUAGCGAUCGGGCAAGGAACAUAUUUGCGGCAGUUGUCUUCCAUGAGAUGGGCUUUUGCUAAUCUACGAAGGAGUGGCACUGAUAUUGACAUAUGUGGAUAUAGCUUAGCUUCCUUUAUUGCAUAGUAUUACCGCAAGCGACAGGCCCUGUAUUUGUAAUGUACCUAAACUGUUGGAACUUGAAAGCUGAACGUGUUGAUCCAUGUAAUUCCUUUUGCAGUUUCUCGAUCUGAAAAUGCACCCUCGGCUGAUUGGCUCCUAUUUUUCUUA